AUGGAGAAAGGGAAAGGUGAAUACUUUGGGAAGAUAAUUUGGAUAAUAGUUAUGGGGCUAAUCUGGAUAUCUAUGAUAUCAGGGAUGCAACAGAUAAUAAAUUGUGACCGAUCGGAGAAUACGAAAGAAUGGGCAAUAAAAUCACCGAUGAAAUGGAGUUGUGAGGAAAUCCGCCAGUGGCAUUUAGAAUAUCGACAGAUAUACGACUCCGGUCGUAUUGAUUGCACUGUAUCGAGUAAACUAUUAGCGGUGAGUCCGCAACAAACCUUGAUUUUAUCGGAGGUUCCGAUGCUACUUAUGGAAUCACCAGGGAGACAGAAGGUGUGUAAUCGUACAGUAAUGGAAUUUGCAAAAGGGAAAAUGAUGGAAGUAAGCAGUCCUAUAUGGACAUCGGAAAACAUAAGUUAUGCGGUUACCGAUAAUAAGUGGGAUUUCCCAGAAGAUCUACCACAGGAAAUGAGAGGCAUUGCCAGUCAAACAUUGUUGUAUAAAGGAAGAGGGUUGAUAGAAAAGCUUACAAAGGAAGAAUGGAAGGCUCUGUUUAUCAAUAUAUUUCAACAAAGUUAUCAAGACCUACGUCAAUUAGCGAAGUUACGAGCACAUAUUUUCUCGUUGAUUCAGAAUUUAGUGAUUCCAUUAUAUACUGAGGCGUGUAAUACAUACCAAAAUGAAUACAAGGCUAUACAACACACAAAAGACCCGUCAGAGAAAAUGAGAAUUUGGUUGGGCAGACAGGAUAUACGAGCAUCUUGGUUAGCUAAUCAUUAUGUUGUUCAAGAAUGUAAACAUGUGGUACCUCAAGCUAUUUUUUCUGAUUAUCGAUAUAAAAAUACUUGUUAUACAUUAAUGCCAAUAUUAGUAGAAAAACAGUUGCUUUUCUUGGAUAGGGACGGUUAUGUUCAUCAAUACUCUCCAGGAGUUCCUUGUAUUCAGGAACCAACACAAGUAACAGAGGUUACGGAGAACGACGAUAUUGUAGAACAAACGCUGAAUGAAGUAGAUGAUAUAUGGUCUCAAAUAAAUUGGGUUUUUUCAACAGGAGACAGGUUAAUGGGGACAGUAAUACAUAUCCUUAUAGGAAUAUUAGCUAGUGGGGUUAUUUUGGUUUUGAUAUAUAUACUAUGGAAAAGUGGUAAGCAAGGGUACAAGAUUAAACAAUGGUACCAAAAACGGCAACAUAAGAAAAGAGCAGACAGACGACUAAAAGAAACAAUGAGAAAGAUAACACAAUUAUCAGAGAUAAGGAAUACAACCAUAGGAUCUAUUGGAUCUAUACAAGGGAAACAACCAUAUGUAGAUUUAUAUAUAAAACAAAAUGAGACAACAAAAAUUGUUCGUUGUUUGAUUGAUUCAGGAGCAUGCGUUUCUUUUAUUAAGAAAUCAGCUAUUAAUGAUUGUUUGGAAUUACAAAACUUUACAAAACCAACCAAAAUAGCACAAGAUUUCAAUGGUAACGCAAUAAUGGCUAUAGGAAGUUGUAAAAUUGUAUUUAUUAUGGGAACAAAGAAGGUAAUAAUACCUGUAUGGGUAUUGGAAAAAUUACAUCAAGAUGUAUUACUGGGAGCGGAUGCACUGGAACAUUUGGAUAAAGCAAACUGCGCGGUAACAUUCCGAUUAGCAUCUAAUAUAAUUCAAAUCGGUACUACAAAACACCCGUUAGCGCAAGUAGCUCGUGUAGCAUAUUUGUGCCCAAGCGAAAUUUGGAAAUCAGUGAAAUCAUGGAUAUGGCAUAUCAGAGAAGUAGGUGUGAUGAGUGGAGAAGUCAAGACGGAAUUAAAUAUUCAGGAUUUAGAUAUUCCGGAAGACUUGGUUCAGGAUUUAGCGGUAUGGGAGACGUUGCCAGAGUCGUAUAAAUUAAAGAAAAUAAACUGGGAAGAUACAAAUUUGACACCAAAAGGGGUAAAUGGGUUGAACAAUAUAGUAAAAAAAUAUGAUAAAGCAUUUAUCGAAAAUGAGGAUGAUAUUGGCCGAUACAAAGGACAUAUAUCACAUUCUAUUGAUCUAAAACAAGGGGCUAAGUUACCUACAGCGGGAGUUCCACGACACUCACCGAAGAUGAAACAAUCGGCAGAGAAGAUUAUAAAGAAAAUGCUUCAUCAAGGCAUUAUACAACCAUCAUCAUCACGUUGUACAUCUAGAUACUUAUUGGUACCCAAACCAAAUGGUACCGAUCGGUUUGUGGUUGAUUAUCGACAACUCAACAAUCAUUCGCACAUGGAAAUACCAUGUAUACCACACAUAGAAGAAAUAUUAAACACAGUUUGUCAUCAUAAGUUGUUUUCGGUGUUUGAUGUGGCAUCGGGAUUUCACCAGAUUCCAUUACAUCCAAAAUCACGAUGGUUAACUGCGUUCAAUUCUCCAUGGGGAGUAUAUGAAUAUGUAACAACGCCAAUGGGUUUGAGUGGUAGUCCAGGGACAUUUCAGAAAAUUAUGGAUAAUAUAUUUGGGGACAUGAAGGCUUCAGUAUUAAUAUAUAUUGAUGAUGUAAUAAUUUUUUCAGAUAACGAAGAAGAUCAUUUGAAGACAAUUGAAUCUUUUUUACAGCGAAUUAUAGAUAGUGGACUCAAAUUACGAUUAGACAAAAGUCGAUUUGGGCCUGAUCCGGAUAAGGUACGUACCAUAGCAAAUUUGCAGGCACCCAAGGAUUUACGACAGUUAAGAGGGUUUUUGGGUAUGAUGAAUUUUUUUCGUAGAUUUAUUGUCAAAUAUGCUGUAUUAACAGCUCCUUUACGUGAAUUAUUGAAGAAAGGGGUAGUUUUUGUAUGGUCGUCGGAAUGUCAGACGGCAUUUGAGAAUUUAUGCAUGUGCCUCUCUUCAGCACCUAUUCUGAGUGCUCCUGUGGCACAAGGAGAGUUCUUUCUUUAUACAGAUGCAAGUUAUGUCGGUCUCGGAGCAGUACUUUUGCAAAAACAACCGGAAUUGAGGGUCAUAACUUAUUUAUCUCGAUCCAUUAAUGCUUUUGAAAAAAACUAUCCUCCAAUACAUUUGGAAGCCUUGGCUAUUGUUUGGGCAUUGGCAAAAGUGGAACAUUUUAUUAUUGGUAUGCCUAUUACUAUCUUUACAGAUCAUCAGCCGUUGUUAUCGUUAUUUGGUUCCAAGUCUCUCCAAGGAAAGUUGGCACGAUAUCAGUUAAGAUUAAUGCAGUACCAGGCAAAAAUUAAAUACCAACCAGGACCAGAGAAUGUGGUGGCCGAUUAUCUGUCACGAUACAGUCUACCGAAUGUUCGAUAUGUGCUAACAGCGGGGUUACCCUGGGAAAAGAAACCCACAGUAUAUGAGACAAAGGAAAUGGACAGUUUACGUGAACAGGUGGAAAAUAAGACAGCAGUUCAGAUAGGAACAAAGUUUUAUGUUUUAGUAAAUGGUAAGACAGGCGGUUUCAUACCACCUAAUUUAGAUCGAAGAAAUUGCUUGAUUGCAUUUCAUAAGCACCCAUUAUUUGGGGGCCAUUUUGGGUGGGGGAAAGUAAAGGGACGAUUACAGGAUGUAUUGUAUUGGGAUACAAUAGAAGCAGAAUACAAACAAAUAUGUAGAGAAUGUUUUAUGUGCCAAACGCAGAAAAGUAUACCUUCACAAAUGAUUAAACAUGUACAACAACAUCCAGUUGUAGGGAAUACACCGUUAGGUAAAGUUUAUAUAGACUUAUUACAACCCGGAAGAAAAACUUCACGAGGAGUAGUAGCCAUGAUCGUAGCAGUAGACUCAUUAUCAAGAUUUGUAAUGGUGUCUGCAGUAAAAAAUUUAACAGCAGAUGAAAUAAUUAGAGGAUUACUAGAAGAUAUCAUAUUUAAAUAUGGUACGCCAAAACAAUUAAUUACAGAUAGAGGAAGGUGUUUUAGCAGUGAGGAAUUUGAGAAAUUUAUGAAAGUUAUGAACAUAGGACAUCACUUGACAACGGCAAAUCAUCAUCAAUCAAAUGGGCUGGUAGAAAGAAUGAAUCGAACUUUAAACGAAGCAAUCAGAAUGUAUUCGGACACCGAAUGGGAUGAAACGAUACGGAAUAGAAUAUUUUGCUACAAUAACUCCAUACAUCCGAAAACGGGUUAUACUCCAGCAUAUUUGAUGUUCGGAAGAAAUACAGAAAUGGGAUGGAAACAGGAACAAAUACUGACCGAUAGUCAGUAUGAUGAGGAUUAUAAAGAUUGGAAACAGAAUAUAAAACAAAUUCAACAACUAUGGUGGAACGCACAUCAGGAGUCAUGGAAGAAAGAGGAGAAGUCAAAAGGAGUUCAGGUAAAUUUAAAGAUAAAUGAAAAAGUCUUAAAAAAAAGAAUAGUGGAUAAAAGAGGAAAGAAAAGCCCUUGGACUGGACCAUUUGUGGUUACCAAAUUGGACCAGCAUCAACGAGUUCUAAUCAAAAAAGGAAGACAGGAGCAAUGGUGUCAUGUGUCUCAAUUAAAGAAGUACCAAGAGGAAAAACCGGCCGAGGGGAAGAAUGGGGAUGUAAAUAUGAUUCAUACAUCAUAUUUUGGAAAAGAAGAAUAUAUUUUGGGAAAAAAGAAAAAAACAACAAAAGAAGAAGAAUAUAUAAAGGAAAAAUAA